CUCUGAGAUAAAACCUUAACUGUCUUACUGGUUUCUCACAUUAUCUUUACUUGUAAUAGCUUUUUACGUAUAGAAACCAGCAAUGGCUCCGGCGAGUACUUGGAUUUCCUUCUCUCUACCUUCGUAUGAGAUGUUAUCGACUCCUAAGCUCAUGCCCUUCGAGACCUCCGGUGACUCUUCUCAGAAUCACUACUUCUUUGAUGCCUUCGAUGCAAAUGAGUGGCCAAAUCUAAAGGCUCCUUACGCAGAAGAGAAUAAGGAUGUGAAAGAAAUCAAGGUACCUACUAGUAUCAAUGGCUGCUUCCCUGUUCCUGCGAACUUCAACCAUCAAAUCCAACAUCACACAGUUCCAAAGCUCGAAGACUUCCUUGGCGGGCAUGGCCACUCGUCUUCACUCGUUCAGUACUCCGAAAGCCAGACGGAGACAAAGGAAUCAUCACUGAGUAAUUUCUACAAACAGGGUUUGGGUAUCUUGGGUGACCAGGAACCCCUAAAGAACUUCGCUCCUGUACCAACCAGGUUUCAAGCCUUCUCUGCUUCUAACUCCGGAGGAUCCGAGAUAGUCGAGGAUUCCGUCUCAGCGAAUGGAACUAGCCGGUUCACAUGCGGCGAUUUAUUCUUCUCUGAAAGCCCCCAGGCUUUGUCGUUGGCAGUUAGCCAGAGCUCAGUCUCCGAGAAAGCAGUCGUUCCGACCGAAUCAGAAUCGUUGAAGAAGAUGACUGAUACGUUUGGGCAGAGGACUUCCGUUUACAGAGGCGUCACGAAACACAGGUGGACGGGAAGAUAUGAAGCGCAUCUCUGGGAUAACAGCUGUAAAAGAGAAGGGCAAACCAGGAAAGGUCGUCAAGUGUACUUGGGUGGGUAUGAUAGGGAGGAGAAAGCAGCUAGGGCUUAUGAUCUUGCUGCCCUGAAGUAUUGGGGUCUAACUGCCACUACCAAUCUCCCUGUUUCAAACUAUUCCAAAGAAUUGGAAGAGAUGAAGAACAUGACUAGACAAGAGUUCAUUGCAUCCCUCAGAAGAAAAAGCAGUGGUUUCUCAAGGGGGGCUUCCAUUUACAGAGGUGUUACAAGGCAUCAUCAACAGGGCAGAUGGCAAGCCAGGAUAGGCCGUGUAGCUGGCAACAAAGAUCUCUACCUGGGUACCUUUGGAACAGAAGAGGAAGCAGCAGAGGCAUAUGACAUAGCAGCCAUAAAGUUCAGGGGAGUGAAUGCGGUGACCAACUUUGAGAUGAACAGAUACGACGUAGAUGCCAUCGCUAACAGCGCUCUCCCUAUUGGUGGUGCAGCCAAACGCCUUAAGCUCUCCCUCGAUGCUUCAGCCUCACAUGAGGAAACCAUCUUCGAGAUUGACCAUUGUAGUAGAGAUAGAGACAAAGAUAGCGAUAGAGAUGGAGAACCCCAACCUCUUCAGUGCUGUGGCAGUUCCACCAGUAGCAACAGCAGCUGUGUCCACAAUCCUGUCACCUGUGGACUCCCUUUUGAUACCCCAUCCCCUGCGCAGCACUACCACCAACUUCAGUCUAACAAUGGCACCUUUUCUGACUUCUUUCCUAACUUCUUCGCUCCUGCCACGGCCAUGUUGCUGCCAGCGGCGGCGGCAUCAGAGUUCUGUGGCCGGAGUUUCUUGUAUGGACUCACCCCUCCAAUCAAUAUCAGCAGCAACGUAGAGCACAUUGGGCCAUUGAGCAGCAGUAGCCGUACUAAUGGUGACUACCACUAGCAAUGGAUGGAAUGUGGCAUCCACCAGCUGACACAAUCUGUUUUGAUCAACUGGA